ACCGUGAACUGACUCAACUUUAAAUCUCAUUCAAUGUUUGAAUUUCAUUCGAGUUUUUUAUUAUCACAAAGACAAAAUAAAUACAAAUUACAAUUGACUUAAAAUUAGCAUUAACAAAAACCAUUCUUAUCAAAAUAAUAACUUUUGUCACCCUGGAAGUGAAAAAACCAUCUGUAUACAAUACUUAAAACCACAUUGCAGACGCGAUAAAAGUUAUUGGUGCAGAGAAUAUCGUCAACUUCCUCGCAGUAUGUCGAACCCAGGAUUAACAUCUGAAGCUCAACUUCGAUACAUUCUACAAUGGUUUGGGGAGUUCAGUGAGCUGCAGCGGGAAGACUUUCUACCAGUAUUGGCAGCUGCGCACGGUGGCAAGCCGGACCAGUUAGCUAGUACACUAGCAGCUCUUUCCUGUGACGAUAAGCCUGUCAGCUUGUUUCAAUGUCGUAUAAAACUAUUUAAUGAAUGGUUUCCUACCUGGGCAGAAGAAGAAAGGGAUAGACUUGUAAAAGCUGUAUCUGAAAUUGAUUCGGAAUUUGGUAUUAAACUGCAAGAUGCACUUGUGAAUGGUUUCAAAUUGAAUGGUGACCUUGAUGAAGAACAUAAGUUGCAUUUUGGGAUAGAAAAUGUUCAGCCUGAAGAGGACCUAAUCGAGUCUGGUAGUAAUGAAAACAGUGAAACAUUAACAGUUUCACAGGAGAAUAGCAAUGUAGAAAUCGCUGCUGCCUCCUAAAAUGCACAAAAAUUGAUUUUGGAUACUUUCAUAGUAUUAUUUUAUUUAUUUUUAUAGUAAAAAUAUUUUUCAUAUAACUAUAGAAAAAUGCCAUAUGUCAGUGAGGCAUGUUUUUUGUAAGUAAUUAUACUUUGGUACCUUUGUACCUGAAUUUUAGAUCUUAUUUGUUGUUGAAAUAAGGAUGAAAUUUUAUUAAUUUAAACUAUUAGGUUUAAGGAUUUAUAUGUCUAUAACAUUCCAUAUUUAGAGCAUUCCAUUAGCUAUUUUAGCAGUUUCCUACAGUUUUAGAAUCUCAUAUAAAUCAUAUCUUUCUUCCAUUAUAUUAUUCCAUAUAUAUCAGUAUUUAGAUAUUAAUAUAAACAUAUUGAUACAUUUAUGUAUUAAAUAUUGAUAAUCAAAAUAUAUUUAUAAAAUACUCUUUGUGAUAUAUAAAUAAACAAUGGUUGUAUUUUCUUUUUUCGCAAAUAUUUGCAAAUCAAAUGAAGUUUUCAUAUUAUGUGUACAACAAGUCGAGAUUUGCUAAAUUUUAUGUUUUCAUAGCAGAAAAAUAAUUCAAAAAGCUCAAAUUGUUACCAUAUACCACACUUUUUAGCUUUUUUUUUUAUGGUGUUAAUGUUAUAGAAUUAUGUGUAAGUUUUAUUGAGAAAUAAAAUCGGAAUUAGGCAUUUAUUUCAAUAUAAAGUACUUUGUACAAAUAGACUGGAGCUGAAAUUGAUAUUGCCAUUUAACCCGUCUUCUAAUUUGGUUUAAUUAUUUACAAGAUAAACAUAUUAUUUAUAUCUGUUGAGAAAUAAAAACCGAUAAGCUAAAAGCAAACUUCAGUUCCAAAGACCUAUAGGAAAUGAGUACAAACAAUACAAUAUAGUGCCAAGAUUUUGUAUUCCUUUAUACGCAUAGUGAUUUUUUAUUAUUAUUAAAAUAUAAUUUAGGUAUUAAGGUAAAAAAGAAAAUUGUUAAGCGGUUCGAGUGAUAGAAAGGUGCUGGUGCUUAGCAAUUGAAGAGAAAGGCAUCUGAUAUUCAUUAAAUCAUACGUACACAUAUUAAAAUUAUAUAUAUGUCGUGAAUAUGAA